GAGCAACAGGUUUUUUUUCUGGCUGUCUCAAGCUCUCUGUUCGCUAGGAAAAGGUUGUGAUAAACCUGCGAAGGACUACGUUUUGUUUUGUUUGUUUUUUAAUGACUGCAGUGUUGGUUUAAGGUAGAAGACAAGCUGCAGAGUUUUUCCUGUUGGAUUCAGGUUCCGCCUGUCUGUUGAAAUGAGCUCUGCCAGAUAUCACGGCCAAAAUGGCCACCAAGAGCAGAUAGUGUUCCUAACCAGCAAAGAGAAGAAGGCAUCGUCAAAGAGGACUGGCAUCCUGAUCGGCAGCAUUGUGGGACUCUUUGUCCUCUUGGCUGUUGUAGGAUUCCUCAUUUGGUUCUUUGUCUUUAAAGAGGAUAGUGAUUCCACUGUAAGCAAGCACGUAAAACCAUUAGUGAAGCUUUUCAGUGGUCAUAUGAAGAUUGAUGGUGUGGAUUAUGACCAACAGCUGGAGGAUACGUCUAGCAGCGAAUUCAAGGCUUUGGCUAAAAAAAUGGAGACACUCCUGGGUGAAUACUACCAGAAUGGUCCAAUCCUUAGCAAGUUUUACACAGGAUCUGCAGUCACUGCCUUCAGUGAGGGAGUUAUUGCCUAUUACUGGUCCCAGUUUGAUAUUCCAGUCACCAGCCUGGAGCUCGUACAAGAGGUAUCUGAGGAGCGGGUUUUGGAUGUCUUGGAAAACAGCAUUAAGAUGCAAAGCCUAGAGAGAAACAGUAAUGAAAUCAGGGUGACCGAAAUCACUGCUUCACUAACAGAUCAUCGUAUGGCCAGGACACCCACAGAAGAGGACUGUUUCUUCCGUCUGGAAGCAGUUGAAGAUGCACAAAACUUUUCAUCUCCAGGGUACCCCGAUGUUUACCCCCCACAGUCUUAUUGUCAGUGGCAAAUCCGCGCCUCACAGGAGAACACUAUAUCUGUCAGUUUUCCAUUUUUCCACAUUGAAGAUGACUGCAAGGACGACUUUGUCUCAAUCUUUGAUUCUCUGAGUCCUGACGACUCUCAGGCCAUCACACUACAAUGCGGCCAAAGGCCUCCCUCUAACCUCCUGAGCGUUGUGUCAUCCGGUAACAUCAUGCUUAUUAACUUCAUUGCUGACACCGAUGUUCAGAAGCCAGGCUUUCUAGCAGAGUACACAAUCAUCCCCAAAACUAAAGCCCAGGAGUGUGGAGGUGACCUAUCUGAAGUCAAUGGAAAUCUGACAUCUCCACUUCAUCCAAGUUUCUAUCCUCCUGCCACUGACUGCAAGUGGACCAUUAAGGUCUCUCAAGGGAAAAAAGUACGUGUGACUUUCAAGAUGUUCCGCAUGAAGGAGCCUGAUGUAGAUGUUAGAAAAUGUCAUAAGGACUAUGUGGAAAUUAUGGGGAAACGAUAUUGUGGAGAACUAUCGUCGUUGGCUCUGACCAGUGAUUCCAACAUUCUUGAGGUGAAGUUCCACUCCGAUGAGUCCUACACCGACAAAGGCUUUUUUGCACAGUACAAUGAAUUUGAUCCUAAUGACCCUUGUCCUGGCAAGUUUGCCUGCAGAAAUGGCAUGUGCAUCGAAAAAAAACUAAAGUGUGAUGGCUGGAAUGACUGCGGCGACUUGAGCGAUGAGAAGAGCUGCAGUUGUGCAGAAGAACAGUUUUCCUGCAGUAAUGGUUUAUGCAAGCCAAAAAUGUGGCGUUGCGAUCGGGUGAACGACUGUGGAGAUGGAAGUGAUGAGAAACACUGCACCGGUUGUGAGCCAAAUGAGUGGAAAUGUGGAAACGGGGUUUGUCUUCCCCAAGACGUUAUCUGCAAUAAUUUGAAGGACUGUGAGGAUGGAAGUGAUGAGGCCUCAUGCGAAAGCUCUCCAAAUAUGUGCUCUGACUACAGCUUUAAAUGCACCAGCGGGCAAUGCAUCAACAAGGUGAAUGCUGAAUGUGACCGUGUCAGUGACUGCUCUGAUAAUUCAGAUGAAGCUAUCUGUGACUGCGGCACCAGGCCUUACAAGCUGAACCGCAUCGUAGGAGGGCAGAACGCAGACACUGGAGAGUGGCCCUGGCAGGUCAGCCUUCACUACCGGACAACUGGCCAUGCUUGUGGCGCCUCAGUCAUCUCGGAUAGGUGGCUCUUGUCUGCAGCUCACUGUUUCAGAUUUUCUAACGAGUGAGUAACGGAUCUCUUACA